UGUAUGUUGAAGUGGCCUAUCCUAGGACAGGUGGCACUCUUUCAGAUCCUGAGGUGCAGAGGCAAUUCCCGGAGGACUACAGUGACCAGGAAGUUCUACAGACUUUGACCAAGUUUUGUUUCCCCUUCUAUGUGGACAGCCUCACAGUUAGCCAAGUUGGCCAGAACUUCACGUUCGUGCUCACUGACAUUGACAGCAAACAGAGAUUCGGGUUCUGCCGCUUAUCUUCAGGGGCGAAGAGCUGCUUCUGUAUCUUAAGCUAUCUCCCUUGGUUCGAAGUAUUUUAUAAGCUGCUUAACAUCUUGGCGGAUUACACGACAAAAGGCCAGGAAAAUCAGUGGAAUGAGCUUCUUGAAACUCUGCACAAACUUCCCAUUCCUGACCCAGGAGUGUCUGUUCAUCUCAGUGUGCAUUCUUAUUUUACUGUGCCUGAUACCAGAGAACUUCCCAGCAUACCUGAAAAUAGAAAUCUGACAGAAUAUUUUGUGGCUGUGGAUGUAAACAACAUGUUACAUCUGUAUGCCAGUAUGCUGUAUGAACGCCGGAUUCUCAUCAUCUGCAGCAAACUCAGCACUUUGACUGCCUGCAUCCACGGGUCUGCCGCGAUGCUCUACCCCAUGUUCUGGCAGCACGUGUACAUCCCCGUCCUUCCUCCACACCUGUUGGACUACUGCUGUGCUCCCAUGCCCUACCUCAUAGGAAUCCAUUUAAGUUUAAUGGAGAAAGUCAGAAACAUGGCCCUGGAUGAUGUCGUGAUCCUCAACGUGGACACCAACACCCUGGAAACUCCCUUUGAUGACCUCCAGAGCCUCCCAAAUGAUGUGAUCUCUUCACUGAAGAACCGGCUGAAGAAGGUCUCCACAACUACGGGGGAUGGUGUGGCCAGGGCCUUCCUCAAAGCCCAGGCCGCUUUCUUUGGCAGCUACCGAAACGCUCUGAAAAUUGAGCCGGAGGAGCCAAUCACCUUCUGUGAAGAAGCCUUUGUGUCCCAUUAUCGCUCGGGAGCCAUGAGGCAGUUCCUGCAGAAUGCCAUCCAGCUACAGCUCUUCAAACAGUUUAUCGAUGGUAGACUGGAUCUUCUCAAUUCUGGCGAAGGUUUCAGUGACGUUUUUGAAGAGGAGAUCAGCAUGGGCGAGUAUGCUGGCAGCGAUAAACUCUACCAUCAGUGGCUCUCCACAGUCCGGAAAGGAAGCGGAGCCAUUCUGAAUACCGUGAAAACAAAGGCGAACCCAGCUAUGAAGACUGUCUAUAAGUUUGCAAAAGAUCAUGCAAAAAUGGGAAUAAAAGAGGUGAAAAACCGCUUGAAGCAAAAGGACAUCACCGAGAAUGGCUGUGCCCCCACCAUGGAAGAGCAGCCGCCAAAGACUGUGCCGUCCCCACUGGUGGAGGCCAAGGACCCUAAGCUCCGAGAAGACCGGAGGCCAAUCACUGUCCACUUCGGACAGGUGCGCCCUCCCCGUCCACAUGUGGUAAAGAGACCAAAGAGCAACAUCACGGUGGAAGGCCGGAGGACGUCUGUCUCAAGCCCCGAGCACCUGGUAAAGCCCUUGCGACACUAUGCGGUCUUCCUCUCCGAAGACUCCUCUGACGAUGAAUGCCAGCGGGAAGAGGGCCCGAGCUCUGGCUUCACCGAAAGCUUUUUCUUCUCCGCUCCCUUUGAAUGGCCUCAGCCAUAUCGGACACUCAAGGAGUCAGACAGCGCAGAAGGUGACGAGGCAGAGAGCCCAGAGCAGCGAGUGCGGGAGCCCACAGGCCCUGCCCCAGCUCCACCUGACCGAGCUGCCAGCAUCGACCUCCUGGAAGACGUCUUCAACAACCUGGACAUGGAUGUCCCACUGCAGCCACUGGGCCAGGCCAAGAGCUUGGAGGACCUUCGGACCCCCAAAGACCUGAGGGAGCAGCCAGGAACCUUUGACUAUCAGAGGCUGGACCUGAGCAGGAGCGACAGGAGCCGUGGGAUGCCAGUGGCCUUGAAGCUCACCCACCCGUACAACAAGCUCUGGAGCCUGGGCCAGGACGACAUGGCCAUCCCCAGCAAGCUCCCGGCCAGCUCCCCUGAGAAGCCCUCGUCCCUGCUUGGGAGCUCCCUGGCUCUGCCCCGCAGGCCACCGGCCCAGGACAGCAUCCUGAACCCCAGUGACAAGGAGGAGGCGCCCACCCCCACUCCGGGCAGCAUUACCAUCCCCCGGCCUCAGGGCAGGAAGACCCCGGAGUUGGGCAUCGUGCCUCCGCCCCCCACUGCCCGCCCGGCCAAACUUCAGGCGGCCAGCGCCGCCCUCGGGGACUUCUCAGAGCGGCCGCAGGCUGAGUGGGAAAGGCGAGCCCCCCUGAGUCCAGCCCCGUUCCCCGGGCUCCUCCCCAGCGCCGCCCGCCAAGGACCCACCGAACCACUGCAGCCGCUCAGCCUGGCCCCAGGGGCUGCAGGCACAAGUGGUGACGCCCUGCUGGCCCUCCUGGACCCACUUAACACAGCCUGGCCAGGCAGUACCCUUCCACCAGGACCUUCAGCCCCAAAUGUAGCCACCUCAUUUACACCCCAGUUCAGCUUCCCCCCAACAGGGGCCCCCACCCCAUUUCCACAGCCAUCGCUCAAUCCCUUUGUGCCAACCGUGCCAGCGGCUCUGCCCGCCAUGCCCCUGGUCUCCACACCAGCCGGGCCUUUUGGGGCCCCUCCUGCUCCCCUGGGGCCAGCUUUUGCCCCCAGCCUCCUGCUGUCCAGUUCUGGCUUCUGUGUCCCACAUAGAUCUCAGCCCAACCUGUCUGCCCUCUCCAUGCCUAACCUCUUCGGCCAGAUGCCCAUGGGUGCCCACACCAGUCCCCUGCAGCCCCUGGGCCCCCCAAUGGUCGCCCCUUCGAGGAUCCGAACAUUGCCCCUGGCCCGCUCAAGUGCCAGGGCCGCUGAGGCCAAGCAGGGGCUGGCCCUGAGGCCCGGAGAAGCCCCCCUCCUUCCUCCCAGACCCCCGCAGGGCCUGGAGCCAGCACUGCAGCCCUCUGCUCCUCAAGAGGCCAGAGACCCCUUUGAGGAUUUGUUACGGAAAACCAAGCAAGAUGUGAGCCCGGCCCCGGCCCCAGGCUCAGUAGAGCAGCUCAGGAAGCAGUGGGAGACCUUCGAGUGA